UCGGCACCGGAGUCGCUCUGCGAUCCCAGAAUGCACAGGCAGUCCGCGGGAAACCAAAAUGGCGAAGGGCUGUAGCGAAGUGGGCUGUGUUUGAGGCCGGUGUAAGAGCGCUCAGUCUACCCGCAACCCUCGUCCCCAAGGAGCUCCGUUUGUGUGUGCGUAUGUGCGGGGUGCCCGGUGGGGCGGGUGCCCGGUAAGUGCUCGGAGUCGCAAGGGAAGCGCCCACGGGGACGUGAUUGGUUGUUUUUUCCUGUAUGAAGCGGUUGGCACCACUGAAGUGACCGAAUGAGAGACUCUACAGGGGCAGGUAAUUCACUGGUCCACAAGCGGUCUCCUUUACGUCGAAACCAAAAGACCCCAACAUCCUUGACCAAGCUGUCUUUACAGGAUGGACAUAAAGCCAAAAAGCCAGCAUGUAAAUUUGAAGAGGGUCAGGAUGUCCUAGCUAGAUGGUCAGAUGGCUUAUUUUAUCUUGGAACUAUCAAAAAGAUAAACAUAUUGAAACAGAGCUGCUUCAUCAUAUUUGAAGACAGUUCUAAAUCCUGGGUUCUCUGGAAGGACAUUCAAACAGGAGCCAGUGGAAGUGGGGAAAUGGUCUGUACAAUAUGUCAAGAAGAGUAUUCAGAAGCUCCCAAUGAAAUGGUUAUAUGUGAUAAGUGUGGCCAAGGAUAUCAUCAGUUGUGUCACACACCUCAUAUUGAUUCCAGUGUCAUUGAUUCAGAUGAAAAAUGGCUGUGUCGACAGUGUGUUUUUGCAACAACAACAAAGAGGGGUGGUGCACUUAAGAAAGGACCAAAUGCCAAAGCAUUGCAAGUCAUGAAGCAGACAUUACCCUAUAGUGUGGCUGACCUUGAAUGGGAUGCAGGUCAUAAAACCAAUGUCCAGCAGUGUUACUGCUAUUGCGGAGGCCCUGGAGACUGGUAUUUAAAGAUGCUACAGUGCUGCAAAUGUAAGCAGUGGUUUCAUGAGGCUUGUGUGCAAUGCCUUCAAAAACCAAUGCUAUUUGGAGACAGGUUUUAUACAUUUAUUUGCUCUGUCUGCAGUUCUGGACCAGAAUACCUCAAACGUCUACCAUUACAAUGGGUAGAUAUAGCACACCUAUGCCUUUACAACCUAAGUGUUAUUCACAAGAAGAAAUACUUUGAUUCUGAACUUGAGCUUAUGACAUACAUUAAUGAAAACUGGGAUAGAUUGCACCCUGGAGAGCUGGCAGACACACCAAAAUCUGAAAGAUAUGAGCAUGUUCUGGAAGCAUUAAAUGAUUACAAGACCAUGUUUAUGUCUGGGAAAGAAAUAAAGAAGAAGAAGCAUUUGUUUGGGUUGCGAAUUCGUGUUCCUCCUGUGCCACCAAAUGUGGCUUUCAAAGCAGAGAAAGAACCUGAAGGAACAUCCCAUGAAUUUAAAAUUAAAGGCAGAAAGGCAUCCAAACCUAUAUCUGAUUCAAGGGAAGUAAGUAAUGGCAUAGAAAAAAAAGGAAAGAAAAAGUCUGUGGGUCGUCCUCCUGGCCCAUAUACACGAAAAAUGAUUCAAAAAACUGCUGAGCCACCUUUGGAUAAGGAAUCAGUUUCAGAGAAUCCUUCUUUGGAUUUACCUUGUUCUAUAGGGAGAACUGAGGGAACUGCACAUUCAUCCAAUACCUCAGAUGUGGAUUUCACGGGUGCUUCCAGUACAAAAGAAACUACCUCGUCUAGUAUUCCCAGGCAUUAUGGAUUGUCUGACUCCAGAAAAAGAACUCGAACAGGAAGAUCUUGGCCUGCUGCAAUACCACAUUUGCGGAGAAGAAGAGGUCGUCUUCCAAGAAGAGCACUCCAGACUCAGAACUCAGAAAUUGUAAAAGAUGAUGAAGGCAAAGAAGAUUAUCAAUUUGAUGAACUCAACACAGAGAUUCUGAAUAACUUAGCAGAUCAGGAGUUACAACUCAAUCAUCUGAAAAACUCCAUUACCAGUUAUUUUGGUGCUGCAGGUAGAAUAGCAUGUGGUGAAAAAUACCGAGUUUUGGCUCGUCGGGUGACACUUGACGGAAAGGUGCAGUAUCUUGUGGAAUGGGAAGGAGCAACUGCAUCCUGACUGUAGGACUGAACAUUAUGUUCACUGCACUCUCAUUUUCUGUAGGUACAGUUCAAAGUCCUAAAGGAGUCUGGCUUUUACUAUCUUUCUUAAAAAAAAAAAAAAGUAAAAAAAAAUUCAUGAAUGGGGAUGAUACUAGCCUUAACAUGAACCUGUUAAUGUUAUGGAUAUUGUCAUAAAAAAGAUAUCUUUUAAAAAUCAGAGACUUAAUUUUUUAAAUCUUAAGAUUUGUAGACUGUUUCUAGGAUAGGAUAUUAAAAAUGAUUCAAACCCAUGCAUGGUGUUAGAUAAUUUUCUAAUUAUUCCAUUUGGUCAGUUUUUGUGAUUGGUGGUUAUCAGAGCAAACAGAUCAUGUAGAUAGCACAAGUAUUUGGAGAAACAUUGUCUGUUUUGUUACCAAAAUGUUGGAAAAAAUUUAUUUCAAUACCUUUUAGAUUUCAUAAAGUGCAGUGUAUAUAAUGCCUACUGAAAGACUGUAAAAUAUUGAAAUUUUCUUUCAAGCAAAGUGUAAAAAAUAUAUUGAGCCUGUAAAUUGCUCUGUGACUAGACUUCAUUGUCGUCUUAAUAUAUUCUUUGCAUGUGCAUAUAUAUACACAUAGGUGUGUAUAUAUGUGUGUGAUUAUGUGACCUAUGCAAUACAAAUUAUGGGAAUGGGCAGCUUUGGAGUAUAUAUAUCCCAUAAUUCUCUUUUCAGGAAUAGUUGCAGUAUUUACACAGCAGCAUUUCUUCUCAGGCUUUUAUUGGGUGCUGUUGCUUGCUAUGUAUGAAGAGAAAUGUGUCAGACCAGUCUAGUGUGUUCUGAAGAAGAAUGUGAAGAAGUGUUCAUGGGCUUUUAGAAUGCUUUUCACUUUCAGUCCUUGUAACUCAGCUGUUCAGUACCUAGAACAUUCAAAUAAGAUGAACAUUAUCUCCUACUAGAAGUAAUGCUUUCAAGUUUUCAUGGCACAUUAUGAUUGUAAAUGUCUCUCAGUUUUAACAGUCUAUAGGAGUCCCAUGAAGAUUCCUAAAAUGUUUGUAGUAACUGUUAGUCAUGUUUGGAUAAGUGUAGUAUGAACAAAGUAUUUUAUUGCACAGGGUUAACAAACAGUAUGUUGCCAGCUGAGGCUACUGCUGUUUAUUACAACAUUACCUCUUGUUUUUAUAAAAUGUACCAAGAUUUAAAUUGAUAACUUUAUUUUACCUGUAAAAAAGAAAACAGUUUCUUUUAUCACCAGUGUUAGAGUUGUCUUCUAUUUCUUUUUUGCUUUUUUUUUUUUUUUUUUU